CUCGCCGGCAGCAACUUGAAGCAGCAUGGCGAACCCGCCAAAGGAUCAUCCCACCACGUACGACGUCAUCGAGCGCGUUGCUGCGAAUGCCCAUAUCAAGGGCCUUGAAGCGUACCAAUCCGAGUACAAACGCUCCACCGAACAGACCGACGAGUACUGGGCGGAAAAGGCGCGCGAAAACCUCCUGUGGUUCCGAGACUUCGACCAAACCAAGAACGGUCACUUCGAAAACGGCGACGUAUCGUGGUUCAUGGGCGGACAAUUGAAUGUGAGCACCAACUGUAUCGACCGACAUAUUGAAAAGCGCGGCGAAAAGACUGCCAUCUUGUGGGAAAGCGAUGAACCAGGUGUCCAUCGCCGCAUUUCGUACAACGAGUUGCUCGCUGAAACAUGCAAGAUCGCCAACGCUAUGCUUCUCCAUGGCGUGCGCAAGGGUGAUACCGUUGCGAUUUACAUGCCCAUGAUUCCCGAAGUCGCCAUGGUCAUGCUUGCGUGCACCCGUAUUGGUGCCGUGCACAGCAUCGUAUUUGCCGGUUUUUCAUCGGACGCCCUGCGUGACCGUAUCGUUGAUGCCAAAUCCAAGUGGGUGUUCAUUGCCGAUGAAGGCAAGCGCGGUGGCCGCACUCUCCAGCUCAAGAAGACGGUCGAUGAAGCCAUCAAGGGGUUGAACUUUGUCGAAAAAGUGUUUGUGUUCAAGCGAGCCACCACCCCGUGCGUUACUUCCGACAAGGAAGUUGACAUGAACGAAUUGCUCCCCAAGAUGCGCCCGUACUGCCCCGCUGUGUGGAUGGACUCUGAAGACCUCAUGUUUAUCCUGUACACGUCCGGCUCCACCGGCCAGCCCAAGGGCGUCGCUCACACCACGGGCGGGUAUCUUACUUACGCCCACGUGACGGCCAAGUACACAUUUGAUUUGCAUGAAGAUGACGUGUAUGCAUGCGUCGCCGAUUGCGGUUGGAUCACCGGGCACUCGUACAUUGUAUACGGGCCCCUAUCGAACGGCGCCACCACCGUUAUGUUUGAGUCCACUCCACUGUACCCUUACCCGAGCCGAUACUGGGACCUUGUCCAACGGUACAAGAUUACUCAAUUCUACACGGCUCCCACGGCCAUCCGUGCGCUUAUGAGCCACGGCGCCAAUAAGGUCGACGGGUACGACUUGAGCUCGCUCCGCAUUCUCGGAAGCGUCGGUGAACCAAUCAACCCCGAAGCUUGGCGUUGGUACUACGAAGUGGUUGGCAAGAAGCAAUGCAUGAUUGUCGACACGUACUGGCAAACUGAAUCUGGCGGGCACUUGGGCACGGGUUUACCCGGUGCCACCCCCAUGAAGGCAGGGUCAUGCGGCCUUCCCUAUUUUGGCGUAGAGUUUGCCUUGUUAAACGACCAAGGUGAAGAAGUUCUUGGCAACAACGUUGAAGGUCGCUUGUGCAUCAAGAACCCUUGGCCCGGUCUCGCCCGCACCGUGUACGGCGACCACUCUCGCUACCUGAGUGUGUACAUGAAGCCACAUCCUGGCUAUUACUUCACGGGCGAUGGCGCCCGUCGUGACAGCGACGGGUUUUACUGGAUCACUGGCCGCAUUGACGAUGUGUUGUGUACGUCCGGUCAUCGUAUCGGCACGGCCGAAGUUGAAAGCGCCUUGGUCGCGCACAACGUGGUCGCAGAAGCCGCAGUCGUCGGUGUGCCCCACCGCGUCAAGGGCGAAGGUAUCUGUUGCUUCGUCACACUCAUCUACAGCGUCGAAGCAAGCCCUCAAAUUGAACAGGAGCUUGUCAAGCAAGUCCGCCACGUGAUCGGUGCGUUUGCGUCGCCCGAUGUCAUUGUGUUUGUGUCGGGCCUCCCCAAGACUCGCAGUGGCAAGAUCAUGCGCCGCAUCCUGCGCAAGGUCGCUCACGGCGAAGCCAGCUCUAUCGGCGAUGUCUCGACCUUGGCGGAACCCGCCGUCGUCCCCGAAAUCAUCGAAAUGACUGCCAAGGCGUUGGAAGGCAAGGCGUUGUAGCCACGCGUCGAUUGUUUAUAAAGUAUAUUUCAUUGUGGGGCGCUGUGUACGCAAAUACCGACGUCGUACGUGAGUGUGUAGAUGGCAUGGCGACCGUGUCGUGGCUCUCGGAGUAUGCGUGCGAGAGAUACUUGCACAAUUGCGAAGGAUGCAAGUGGUAGCUAACCAAACGCUAAGGAAUGGUGUAUUCAUGGAUGGU